AUGGUGCUGGGGUGCUACGCCAUCGCUGUGCUCAGCUCCUACCUUGUAGGCUUGGCGCCCAAAGCUUCUACCCUCCAGAAUGGGGUCCAAGAGCAGCAGCGGGUGCUACACCACCAGAAAGUGGUUGAGGUGGGCCCAAUCAAAGUGGAGACGACUGCAAACGACCCAGAGGAAGGGUGGCCAGUACAGGAACCAGGUGGAGCGGAAGCAGCAGUGCAAGGAGAUAUGUCAAGAGAUUUAGAGCUGGAACAGGAGCACGAAGCUGCUGGAGAGAUGGGCGCACGCGAAGACGAGCACGUUGACGCAGCAUCAGAAAACGCUGGUACCGGUAUUGAAAGGACACUCGAAGCACCUGCUAUCACGGCUACAUCAAUACCUCCUGCUACUUUGAGUCCAAGCACUGUCGAGACGCAUAGUGCGCCCGAAAAGAAUGUAGAUAUUCCUACGCGAAGAAAUGACGUGGUAUUGCUAACCGCUAAUCAAGAAGAGGCCGAGAACAAGGAAACCACUGACACGAAUGCCAUGAGCGACAGUAAUGGAGUCAGUCUAAAGGAUCCUAACGAUGCGGAAGCGGAUCUGCAAGCCCCGCAAGAAAAAUGGGAAGUCGAGGGCUCCACCACUAGUGACGCAAUUGAACCGCCUGGACCGUUGGCCACUCCAACAAGUGACGAAACGCAGCCACCUGUACGCCACUCGGACCAAUUCUAUAAAGCUUUGGACCUUGUCUUCCCUUACGAGACAAAGCCUCCCAACCCAUACUUCCACGUUUUCCCGGUUAGCAAGAACUCACCUGGAGAUGACGCCGCGCUAGUCUCUGGACUCCGCAACAAUGCAGCAGAUCGGGACUCAUGGUCAGUAGAGGGGUAUCAACAUGAACUGGAUCGUCUCGAGGGGAUUAAGCGUGAGGCUAACGAAGAGACUGAGCGUCUAAAACGACUUGUUGGCGCUACUGAUAAACUCAUAUCCGAAGAGAAAGAUCGACUCGAAGACAAGCGCGCAGCUAGCACGCUGGAUAUCCGUCGGCAUCAGCCAAAAAGGAUUCGCAGCAAACUGAAAUGCAUGGGAUGGCGCCAGACUGGGCAGUGCAAUCCCUACGGCAAACGCGAACCGAAUUCGGAUCUUGCAUGCAACCAAAUUGCGCAGGGUGGUGUCUCUGGCUACUGUGAGGUAUUGGACGAGGAAACGGGUGAACUUUUCCGUGUCAUGCAGCUCAAUUGCUCAAGUGUUCGGGAUCACGUCGUGUUUUCAUGCGCAGAGGCUGCUGAUUUCGCCAACUUUGGACUUCUUGCCCAGGGCGUGUAUGAAAGUGCUUUAGCGCAGAAUAAGUCCGAUCCAUUGAAACUACUGGGUAACAAUGGUAAGGGCAACGGCAUCGUCAUGGUUGUGUACCCGAAGUUGCUAUCCAGCGUCUUCGCAUCGAUUAGCGUCCUGCGUUCGUACAACUGCACGCUACCGAUCGAGCUUUGGAUAUCGCAGCCUGAAGUUGUUCGCACUCCGAGUAUGAGGACAACGCUGGAAAUGUUACAACAACGAUUUUUUCUUGUAACCGUGGAAACCAUUAUUGACCCGACGAUCGCUGGCUUUUCCACCAAGAUCCACGCCGUUCAGCACAGCAAGUUUGAAUACGUGCUGUUCCUCGAUGCAGAUAACGUUCCUGUACGCGAUCCAACGUUCCUGUUCGAGACUAAGGAAUUCCGUGAGCACGGUGCUAUCUUUUGGCCCGAUUUCUGGCAUCCGGAGAAAACCAUCUUCAACAUUCAGCGCGAGUCUUUACUGUGGGAACUCGUCGACCUCCCUUUCGUGGACAUGUUUGAGCAGGAAAGUGGUCAGAUUCUCAUUGAUCGGAGACGAGCUGCAGUAGCAAUGGAAGUGCUGAUGUUCUUCGCGUACCAUCGCCCCAGCCACUUUGAACGACUGGUGUUGGCCCACGGCGACAAAGAUCUCUUCCGACUAGCCUGGAUGAAGACGCAUACACCGUUUUACAUGAUGCCAUUCCCGCCUGCGUCUGCCGGAACGGAGCGUGGAACGUACAAGAAGCAGUUUUGCGAUGUUGCUGUCGGUGAUGGCGAGGAAGUCAUGUUUCCGGCGAAUCGAACUGCGGUGCAACGCAUGAUGAGCUACCAGGACAUAAAACAGAAGUAUCAGAUCGGCAUUCAGCCCAGCGGUGUGCUCUUCAAGGAGUUCGAGACAUGCUACGGCGCAGAGCCCAAUGCCGUUAGCAAUUAUAACCUGACCAAGUUUGAAGACCUGCCAUUUGCCAACUUGGAGCAGCAGCUGAUCGACUAUGCUCACGAAGGCGCGCUUUUAAUGGUGCAGGCUCAAGGCCCAGUUAGAGGUGCGACUCGAAACGAACACCUCGGCAACGACAUGAUCCUGCGCCGCUGGCUCGUCCCGCUGCUGGCCCUACUACUGCCGACCUCCAUGGGGCAGCAGUGCGCUUAUUUCUCCCAGGAUGACCUGCUUUCCCGUCUCGAGUAUCGUGUGCCCAGAUGCCUUGGCCCCAGCGCUUCAUCUUCUGUGCUUUCGACGUUGACCGAGCGCUUCGUCGCCAACGAGUUCGACCGCCACCAGCCACUAGCGCUCGUGCUGUUUUCCAACUCCAGUGAUCUCCUACACUCGCUAGCCGGUUCUGUGGCCUCCUCGCUCUUCGGUGCCUCUCGUUCCCCACACACAGUACAGAACGUCGAUUUCCAGGUGCUCCUUGAACCCUCGCGGACAUCCAACUACGAUAUCAAACAGAAACUGCGCUCUGCUCUAGCCACUCCGCUAGGCGCCUGCCCCGAUCGCAGCCUCUUCGUACUUGACAAUGUUCAAGCAUUGGAUGACGCCGCCCUGCCAGCUCUCGACGUGUUCCUGGACCCCCUAAACGGCAAGCGCGCGCAGUUCCAGCACUACGUUGAUGGUAAAGCCAGUCGCGUUUUCGAUUGCACCAACUCGAUCUUCCUUUUCCUGUACAAGAUUGCAGCUAACCAGUCGCCAUUGGAUGGUGGAGAAAGUGGUUCAGGGUCCUCCAGCAAAUGGCGGGAAUUUUUGAUGCAACAUUGGACACGUUCCGAAGGAACGCUCGAGGAGUUCACGCCUCAAGCCUUCGUUGGAAGACUGACAGACGCAAUAGCGGUGUUCCCACCUGAUGGAGACGACAGCACGGAAAGCAGCUACGAUGAAUUUAAGCAGUCGCGUGAGUGGCGUCAAAUGUGCGAGCUGCAAUCAGAGAACGAACCUGGCAAGGCUGGAGACAACACUGAGAUUUUUGCAGCUUCAGCUUUGUCGCGCGUCGCUGGAAAUGUUGCUGCUGCUACCCCAGUGAUUUCUGGAGCUAUUGCUAUGAUUUCAAUACCGGCAUAUCUGCUGAUUCUGACACGUGCUAAACGUUGGAAUGAAGAGACCACCAAGCAGCGAGGUCAUAUCCACCGCCGUCGAAACAGCGGCAGCAGUGGUAGUACGAGGCGAAAAAGGAGAAAAACGCGCAAGUGA